AUAAAUAAUACCAUUUUAUGGGUUCUUGUUGUUCAACUAAUAAAAUUGUAAAAGAAACAUAUGAUUAUCCAGAUGGAGGAGUAUAUGUAGGUGAUAUAGAAAAUCAUUUGCCUGUAUUUAUUAUUAUAUUUUAAUUAGCAUGGAAGAGGUACAAUUAAAUGGGAUAAUGGAGCAUUAUUUGAAGGUGAAUUUAUAGAAGGACAUAAAAAUGGAAGAGGAUUGUUUAGAUGGAAUGAUGGAUAAUAUUAUGAUGGUAAUUUUAAAGAUGAAAAAUUUCAUGGAUAUGGUGAAUAUUAUUGGACAGAUGGUAAAAUUUAUAAAGGUAAUUGGAUUGAUGGUGAAAUGAAUGGAUAAGGAGAAAUGAUUUAUCCAGAUGGCAGAAUUUAUAUAGGUUCUUAAUAUUAAUUAUACUUAAGGCAGUUUCAAAGCAGAUAAAAAGGAUGGUUAAGGAGAAAUUACUUGGCCUAAUGGAAAUAAAUAUAUUGGACCUUGGAAAAAAGGUAAACAACAUGGAAAUGGUAUCAUGGUUGAUCGAAAAGGAAAUUAAACUUAAGGUACCUGGAACAAAGGAAAAAAAUAAUGA